AUGUCGCGGCAUUUGUUCGUUGAUUCCAAAACAACUUUCACAUCAAAGAAGACUCUUCGAUAUCCACCAGAAAAAUUUAUUCAGCAUCAAUCCCGUAAAUCUCGAGAUAAUUAUAAAGAAAACGAACUCGAUGCAGAUAAUCGACAACGAAGAUAUUCAACAAAUCGAAUAAUCGAAACAUUCAAACUUCAUGAGCAGAAGGAAAAAUAUUCAAAGAAUCAGUCAACAUCUGAUAAACAUCGACAAUCGUCGAAACUACACCCGACCAUUCCGGACUCAUCUCCCAUAACACCUCACAAUACUCGAUCAAAUCUCCUGAACAAUCCAAGUCCUUCACGCUCAAAACAUACCCGACAUAUUCUUCCAUCAACCACGAAUCUUACGAUCGAAUCUCGCCCGUCACCACCACGUAUUAAAAUUCUCGAUUUACGUGCAGAAAUCGAAAGUAAACCAACUGUUAUCGAUGAGAGUUCUUCAUCAGUCUUGAAAUAUAAAACUCCACAAUUCAAAUGCCAUGUCACAUUUCAAAUGCCCACGAUAGACGAAAAUCAAAAUUGGAAAAUCGGAUGGAUACAAGCUUGUACUCACAUGGAAUUCUUUAAUACCUACGGAGAUUAUGGUUAUACAUCGUGGGAAUUUCCGGAGAUGGUCACCCGUGAGAAACCAUUGAUUAACGAUAGCGAUGGACGAAAUUAUCCGUGGUAUGGAAGUUCACACCAAGUGGUCACGAUCAAUGGGCCGAUCUCGCAUUCAUCGAAAUAUACGGUGACAAUGAGAGAUUUUUUUCAUCCUUGGUAUGUUCAAAUUUGA